UUACAGGCUCGUCAGCUUUCCACCAGCAGUGCUUCACAGCAGCUGGUCAAGGCACCUGUUCAACUGUUUACACUAGAAGGUCGCUAUGCUACCGCUCUCUACUCAGCUGCCUCAAAGCAGAAAGCUCUACCCCAGGUUGAAAAAGACCUCAAGGAGUUUGGCAGCCUACUGAAGACUGAUAAACCUCUCAAGGAGCUGCUGCUCAAUCCUUUGUUGAAGAAAGAAUUGAAAAAAGAAGCACUCAACUUUGCGCUCACCAAGAAGAAAGCCAACAAUCUCACCAUAAACCUUUUUGGUGCCUUGGCCGAGAACAACCGCCUGGCGAAAGUGGAUGCUGUAUUAAGCUCCUUCGACACCAUCAUGGCUGCUGAGCGAGGAGAGGUUGUCUGUGAAGUUACCACUGCUAAGCCCCUGGAUGCAGCAGGACAGAAGGAAGUGCAGGCUGCGCUCGGUGCUUUCCUUAAGAAAGGCGAGACUCUGAACUUGACCAUGAAGGUGGAUCCGUCCAUCAUCGGCGGCAUGGUCGUAUCUAUCGGUGAUAAAUACGUAGAUAUGUCCAUCGCCUCCAAGAUAAAUAAGUAUACGCAGGUUAUCCAGCAGACUGUGUAGGCGGGUCUCCUCCACAUGUUUCAUAGCAUUUUAUUCAGUUCAAAAUCGUUAUUGACUAGACGGGUUUCAAUGGCAAUGCAAAGUAUAUUUUGAAGGAGGUUAUCAAUAUAAUUCAGUUAAUUUGCUAGUACCAAGGUGUGAAUAUUGCAGGUAUCUGCGAAAUCGAUCAAUUUAUUUUCAUUUCGCAACAAGAUGGCACAGUUGCGUAGCUAAAGCUAAAAUUCCCGUUUCAUCACAAUAUUGUAAUAUAUUAAAAUAUAACUGAUUGUU